UAUUUUAUUUUAUUUCAGGUUUAUUAAUGGCAUCAUCGAAUUCGACAGCAAACUGUUUUUAUUUAAUUCAUCAUUCCCUGUUAAAUUGUAUUCAAUAAGUAAAAUAUUUUGGAAUAUUAUUUUUGCUAUUUUCGUUUUAUUUUAUCUUUGUUGUCUAUAUUUUUUUAUUAGACCUAAUGGUUUGGUAAUAAUUAAAGACUUAUCUCAUUAUGUAACAGUCUUGUUCUAUUCACCAGACAUUAUUAUCUUUGUAGUAUUGAUUACAUCGCUUUAUUAUCUCAGUAAAUUGGGGUAUCGGUUUUGUGAAUUGAAUAGGUUAUGGAAAUGCUUACCUUUUGGAUUACUUGCCUUGCCAGGAGGAUUGACAAAUACAGAGAUAACCAUGUUAGUUGAACGAAUACGAUUGUUACAUGGUGAACUUUCUGAGUUGCUUAGAUUGUUUAGUUUGGGGUACGGGCCAGUCUUAUUGGUAUAUUUUACAUUUACAUUCGCCCAUGCUGUAUUAGAAACUUUUUUAAUUACAAUGAAUAAGGAUUCACUGAAGAAUAAUAUUUUCCCAUACAUCUUCUAUCUACAACACAUUUUUAACAUGAUUUCAAUCAUCUACGUCACGUCGUGGGUCAUUGAAAAGAAAAAAAAAAUUAUUUCUUGUUUGCGAUUAGUCCGAAUUUCUGAAAUGACUGUCCAUACCAAGUUACAAAUUAAAAUAUUCAUGAAGCAGAUAUCAAUGUAUGAACCAAAUGAAAUAACAGCCUUUGGAUUCUUCAAUUUCGAUUUAAAAUUAACGAUGUCAAUUUUAGUAUUAUUGAUUACUGCAAUCUCGACCAUGCUUCAGAUGAAAGAUCACCCGUGGAUGUUGUACUUGAAGAACGCAUGGACAGUCAACAAUGAUUUUAUGCAAAAUAAUAAUUAAUAGAUACGAUUGGCAGGGAUUCCGGGAAGGCAGUGUCUUAAGUGCCUACCUACGUAGCUUGUAUCACGAAACUCUUGAACUCUUCUGAAAAAUAUUGAGAAUAAAUUUUAUAUUAAUUGUAUCAUGAAAUUGUUUUAAUCUAUUUAUCAAGUAUUUA